GCGAACUACCAACUUUUCCGUAAUUAAGUCCUUGUCGUAGGCGCCUUUGACUGAUCUGAAUAAACUGCCAAAAAUAUCACCGAGGCGACUGGAUAAAAUGCCAGCUGAGCCCUAUUAUCACAGUCAGACAUUUUUCUCGCUCGUGAUCUGAUGAUCGUAACGAUGACCUUCAAGGUGUUUACGCUGCUUGUUUUCCUGUUCGCUUUGCUUGGAUUCUCGGGCGUAUCUCAGGCCCAAGAUUAUGGGUGUAUAAUGAGCCCUAAAAAGUGCAACAUAAAUGGGGUAAGUGUAAUCGACCAAAUCGAGUGCUAAAGCUAUUCAAUUCUCAAGGUUUUAGACAUUUGUAGACGGUAAUUCUCAGAAAAAUCCCAGAAACUAGCAAUGUUUGACACUUUUCUCCAAUCGAAAAGAAAAUAAAAAGCAACCGAUAAAAAAAGGUCAAGGUCUGCACAGAAAGUAAUGGAAAACAUUUAAUAAUUGCGCUCUAGAAUUGGAGAAUCCUAGUAAAAGGACUUUCCUAAGUUACAGUAACUCCACUUGUAGUAUUGUAGGCUUUUAACAGAUGUCUUUUGGAAGAAUGGAAGAUUUCUUUUGAAAGGAAUCUUCUCAGUUGCAGUAACUCCACUUACAUAGCAUUCGACAUACUGUAGGCUUAUGUCAGAUGUUUUUUCAUUUUGUCACAAUUGUGGUACAAAGAAACAAUUCUAAGCCCCCAUCAAAAAUCGAACUUAUGACCUUCGGGAUCUGCGCUACAGUGCUCUAUAUCCAGAGCCUGUGCGGUGUGGAGCUAGGCCAUUACAAGGUUCACGCGUCCUACAUAUUCUAAGAUCAGCAAUGUUGAGAGCUUUGUGUAAACAAAUAGAAUGAGGAAAAUAGUAAAUUAUAUGCAUCGUUAUAAAUUUAGAAAGAUAUUUUUUCGUCUUACUAUGAGUGUGGGAGUUCCUGCGAGAAAUCGCAUCUUUGGAGGCUUCUUCAUGAUUCUCUUUCUUUACAGAUACGAGAUGACCCGGAUCUUUCACCGCAGAUCCCUCUAAACGAGUACAGACGAAACAAGUUGUCGCGUUUAGAAGAAUUCCUGCGAAACAAACGAAACCGCUUUGUUGAUGAUGUCAUGCUGAAUGAGGAAUAGCCAUGUUGUACCAAUCUUGUCAAAAGAAAAGGAACCGUGCCGCUCGUUAACGAAGACUCUGUAUAAUUUAAAGCUAAAUUUAAGACACAUCAAGCUGGUAAACAAGUCUCAAAAAUGAAUAAAGAGGAAAAAAAUACAUUUAUUUCAUUUCUCGUAGGACAUCCUCAAGUUUGGAAAAUUUAACUUGAACCAAUUAACUCUCUCUAAGAAGUCAUCUUUGAGAAAACUUCAAGAGGAAUAAAUGCUUGCUGAUUACUUUAUUCAAAUUUCUUUGGACUCUUAGACAGGUGAAUUUAUUGCAAAUGACUAACAAAGAUUGUCAUUACUUUCGAAGAUCUUCGAAGAAAUGAACGAAGUUUUUUUCGUUCCAGAAAAAAAUAUAAAAGAUUUAGCAUGUUUGGAGCUGGAAGAUGUGUAGAGCAACAGUAAUACCAUUAAAAGAGUAGUUGACAGAGAAAUUCAGGCACAGCUUAUUCGGAAAGAACCGAAUUAUAAACAAUUUGAUCCAAGAAAAAGAUUCUUCGUGUAGCGCUUUCUGGAAAAUGAAAUAUUUAAUGUAGCUCAGCUUCUAGAACGGUC